GAAUCUAAAGAUGUCAGAAAGUCCACUACAACAUUUGAAUACUUCGAUAUAAUUGAUAAGUCAAAGGAUGAAACUUUUUAAGCCUCCUGAAUGAAAGAUUUACAGUAUUCAAAGUAAAGUCAAAACUGUACACCAAAAUUCCGUGCCUGCUCUCACUUGAAAUCGUGGCAGCUCAAUUAAGACUCCAGAUGGUGUCGUGGAGGUUUUGAGGGAAAAGCGAUCGAUUCUGAAGAUUCAUAUCUAUAACAAGUCAUCGAUCUCAUUCAGAAGGGCGGUUCGCUGGGCUGAGUUUGUAGCUGUUGGUGAACACCCAUGGGAGUUCAGAAAUCCGAAGAAUAGUUCUACGUGAGUUUCGAUCGUAGCUGCUGAAGGAGAAUCAGCAUAUGCUUCACAUCUAUGCUUCGAUUUUCAAGAUUAAUUGUGUAUCUCCGAGGAAUAGAUCGAUCUCAAAACUCAAGAUGGAAGAUGGCAUGGAAUUCAGCAUGCAGGAGAAGCGUAUACCGCUACCUCCGGCUGAAUUUCCUAGCUCUCCUCGCAAAGCCGAAAGAUUUGUGAGCUCCUUCGACGGAGAUAUGGGCAUCCAGGAAGUUUCUGUCAAUGUACAGGAAAAGUGCAUUCCGUUGCCUGAAGUUAAAGGUUCUGCCAUUUCUGAGGACGGAGCUUUUAAAGCUCUUCCUAGUCUGUCCGCCUUCAGUGACUCUAAGAUUGUGCCAGGCACCAGUGACGAGAAGUCUGAUGCACCAUGUGAGACUGGAGGAGGUGCAGAUGCUGGUGCUAAAACAUCAGUAGAAUCUCUCACUUGUGAAACAGAAGUCGCCUCUCCUCGUCUGGUUCAGAGGUCCAAAUCGAGAUUGGGGCAUGUAAAGCCCACGGAUCCAUAUCACAUCAAGGACCCAAGAAACAGUUUACCUAAAGAUUGGACCUUGAUAUGAGACUCGAGGCUCCGGCCUCUUCUUUUGCUGGCACUAAUAGAACUAUAGAUUUUAUUUCGUGGGU